CGUAUGCGCAUGUCGUCACGCGUUUUGCGUGCUGACGUCGGCCGGCAACAUGGCGCUGCGCAGGGUUGUGUGUGUUCUGCAGCGGUCUGUAGUGGAUUUGGGCUUUAGGAGUCAUGUUAGAGGAGUUCGGUCUACAGCUGUUCUGUGUCACUGGACCCCUCCUCAGGGUCCGAUGCCUAAUGAGGAGAUUGACAGUAGCCAGCUUGACUCCCUGGAGAAAUAUCGCAGUUACACUCGCUACGUGAGAGCAGCGGAGGAGGCCGACCGGACAGAUGUGUGGUGGAAGACCUACAGAAAAUACAGAGAUGAAGAGAGGAAGGAAGCCGUCGAGCCGGUCAACAUCGGCCUCCCAUACCAGCGUCCUUCCAGGACGACAGAGGUGAGGGAGAGGAGGAAGGUGAUGAUGGAGAACAAGAAGAACCCUGAGCUAGAAAGAGCCGAUCGACUGCGCAGCUUUCGAAUUCCUCUGGACCGAGUAAAAGCAGAAUGGGAGAAGUCGAACGGGCCGUACCACAUCCGGAGACUCGCUGAACACUAUGGAAUCUAUAGGGACUUGUUUCCCAUGGCAUAUUUUGUACCUCGGGUGAUGCUGCGUGUUGCUUACAGAGACGACAAGAACUCGGUGGUGCAUUAUGGGAAUAGCUUAACACCAAAUCAGGCGGCACAGGCACCUCAGAUUAGUUUUGAAGCGGAGGAGGAUUCUCUCUGGACGCUGUUACUAACCAGCCCAGAUGAACAUCUCAUGGACAGUGAGCAGGAGUAUCUUCACUGGCUUGUUGGAAAUAUCCCUGGAAAUGCUGUGAUGUCUGGAGAAGAUAUUUGUCAUUAUAUCAGCCCAUUCCCAGCCAAAGGGACGGGAUUUCACAGAUACGUCUUUAUCCUAUUUAAACAAGACAUCCCGGUGGAUUUCAGCAGUGAACUUCGUCCAUCCCCAUGCUAUUGUCUGAAGCAGCGGACUUUCCGAACAUUAGAUUUCUAUAGGAAAUACCAGGAUAAAAUCACUCCAGCUGGCCUCGCGUUCUUUCAGAGUCAGUGGGACGAGUCUGUCACGAACACAUUUCAUGAGUUACUUAAUAUGAGAGAGCCUGUGUUUGAUUAUGAAAGACCUCCGGUUUAUCACCCACCACAGAAGAAAUAUCCACACGGACAACCUCUCAGAUACUUGGACCGCUACAGGAAUGGAACAGAACCCACCUAUGGGAUUUAUUAAAUACACCCACCUAUGGGAUUUAUUAAAUACACCCGUGUAGUAUAUUAACUGUACUGUUGACACAACUGUUUUUUUUUCUAAUAAACCACAUGAACAUAA